CCUACGCUUAAUCGUCCUCGACCCUGCUUCUCCACUCAUCGCUGGACCCUCCCGGACGGAAGACUGAGAAUACAACGGCUUCUGCUCACAGUUUUCGCAGGCUGAUGGCUCACUAGAGCCUUGACUUUACUUCACCGAGAUGUUGCAGGCAGCAACAGUAGCAGGCAAGCCGCCCGCCCCUGUCAACAGUGAUAGCGGCGGCAAGUCUACCCAACAACGCACGCUCUUCAGAACCCCGUCCUCCUCCUCUCCGGCGUUCUUGGACUCGCCGUACUCUAUCUUUCAGGACGUCGUGCGGUCAAACGAGCUAAUGGACGACUCUUCUUCCUCUGUCUCGUCAAAACGGAGCCCGUCUGGCGAUCUCAGUCUUGUUGGCGACCAGGGCAACAGCAUCCUCUCACCCAGCUCCAGCGCCCUCCUCACCGCCUCCGACUCCGUGCUCGAGGCGUCAAUUGCCAAGUUUGGCGCCGUCAACUUUGUCAGACAGCUCGCGUCCGACAUCGCAGAGCGUGACAAGACAAUCUGGAAGCUGAGCAGGGAGGUCGAAGACAAAGUCCGCGUGCUUUCUGCAAUGCUACGCGCCCGCUCCAACUCUGCCAUAGGCAUACAAACCGACAUAGAUUGUCGACUGCGGGAUAUCGACCUGGCCAUUGAGCGAGAAUUUGCUUCCCUGAGUGGUACCAGCCUGGAACGGACAAAGAAAGAAGACGAGGCUAAUGAACCAAAGGAGCCGGAGAGCAACAAGAACGUCUCGAAUUUGUCAAAGAGCUUAUCACACCAGUCCUCCACUUCGAAAAUAUCAAACAGCUCACAUACUACACCUACUAUUCUUUCGCCUGCGAAAACAGAGGAGGUAGACCCGCAUCAACAAGAGGAGAAACCUGUUGUCGAUCAUUCUCCAGCCGAACCACUUCCCGAACCGAUAGAGUCUCCGCCCGCCGCCCCCAAAGUUGUCGAACAACGCCCGGCUCCGGUACAAGCUCAGGAAGUACGCAAGAUGAAGUCGACUUUUCGACUUCCGUUUUUUUGGAAGGGAUACGACCGCGCCUCUGACGACGAACGGGACUCAACAGCGCCGAUCACCAAAAGUGUCUCCCACGACCCUUCCGCCUCUUCAUCCACCUCAACGCUCAAGGUCUCGUCCAAUGGCGUUCAGUCAUCCUCAGCGUCGACUCGGUCUGGUAUAUUGCCAACCAGUCAGAAGACUAAAGGCUUUUCCACUCCUCUUUUCCCCGAAGAGAGCUCGCUACCCCCGUUAAUCACGACCGACACAUCUUCCAAUGUUCGCAACAAUGUAAAUAGUUACUUGAAAGAUGUCACUGAGGUUUCGAUAAAGCACAGCUCUCGCAGGAAGCAGCACGUUAUCGCUCCCGAGCGUGAGAUUGCUAUUCGCACUGGUCUGGACUCUGACAACAGCGACGACGAGGACCUAGUUCUUGUCAAUGAAAAGGGAGAAGAGGAGAGACGGUCGUCGAGCUCAGACGAACUGACCGGAUCCAGCGGUUCGUUCAAAAGCACAACACAGUCACCUCCAUAUGAAGACGAGUCGCCAAGAAACGAGAUCUCGAGCUCCUUGUUUUCUGCAGCGUUCAAGCGGAAGAAAGCGAAAAACAACGCGGGCACUGCGUCUUCGUCUUCACCCGCUGCCACAAAGCCGUCAGCCUUACAGACAAAAAUGGCGAACGGUAUUAGGGAGCGUGUGAACUUGAAGUCUACUACGUAUGAGUACGACUACGACGAUGAGAAGCCUCAAUCUCAACCACGAAAGUCGCGUUUUGAUACCAGUUCUUUCCCUAUUUAUUUCCGCAGUAAUAGCAGCAAGCAGACUCGUCCACGAUCACGUUCUCGGGGAUCCGUUAGGUCUCGCACCAGUCAAAAGAAUUCUUCGGAAUGGCAGCCUAGUGACCCGUCCUCACCUUCAGAUGGAUUGAUGGCUUCGAGCCUUGUCGGUGCGUCGUCGUCAAACGCCAUGAGUUCUAGUAAUGAUGUUUCUAGUGGAAGUGGUGAUAGGGGACCCGUCGAGCUGGAGAACAUCGUGCCGCAAAGCAUCCAGCCUCCCACGCUUCUCCAGAGUUGGGGCGACCACUACCGAUCGGAAGAUACAUUCUUACUCACUGACCGGUUUGGGUUCAUUUACGAUCGGCAACACCGUCCAGUCCUGCCUCCGAACGAUGUCCACUCGACUCACGCCGGUUACCGCUUUCUAGAGAAUAUCGAUGGAGGAUUCGAGUUUUUCUUUGACAGAGACGAUCCUCCAAUCAGCGGCAUAGAUCGUCCUGAGCAAGCGCAUUUACCGACCGAAAAGGCCUCGGCGUCCGAUGCUCUCGUGCGGCCAGUGAUAGGAGCUGGCGCCCCGGAGGAUGAUUCGCUCGAGUCCGUCAAAACUCUGCUGUCCCAGUUGACAGAUUUGCACGACUCGCUCCAGCGUGUGCAAAAAACAAGAUGGGACGACUUCUUGCGCAAGAUAAAUGAAACUGCUGCCGAAUCAUCUUCCCCAAUGUCCAUGGAGACCGGAGAGCUGUUUGGGUUCCACGGAAGAGUCCUGCUUUCUAAUAAAAUUCUGAACGGGCGUGCGCGCUACAAGGAAUUCAAGGCACUGGUGCUUGGUGGUAUUCCAGUCGUUUACCGUUCCAAGCUCUGGUCCGAAUGCGGAGGCGCGGACAGCGUGAAGGUUCCGGGAGUUUACGAAGAACUAGUCAAUCUUGAACUCCAUCGCAAUAAGGAAACAGAAGAUGAAGCUCUGGCGCAGAUCGAUCUGGAUCUGUACCGGACUAUGCCGUCGAAUGUCUUCUUUGGCGGGAAAGGACCAGGUGUUCCGAAACUGAAGAGAGUCUUGCUGGCGUUUAGUCGACGGAAUCCUGAUAUUGGAUACUGCCAAGGAAUGAAUAUGAUUGCCGGUACUCUUCUGCUGACGCAUGCAACGGAGGAGGACGCAUUUUGGUCGUUCGUUUCCGUCAUCGAGAAGAUCUUACCUGCUGGCUAUUAUUCCCCGCCUCUUCUCACGUCUCGGGCAGACCAGCGUGUGCUAAAGCAGUAUCUGAGAGAGCUCCAGCCCAAGCUCUGGGAUCAUCUUGUGGAAGGCUUGGGUGUCGACAUUGAAGCCAUCACUUUCAACUGGUUCCUGUCUUGUUUCACCGACUGUCUUCCUGCUGAAGUUCUGUUCAGAGUGUGGGACGUCUUCAUGUGCGUUGAAGGAGAGGUCUAUCUCUUUAGAAUCGCUUUGUCAUUGUUCAGAAUUUUCGGAAAACAACUCAUCGGUUUGAAAUCAGCUGCUGAGGUCUAUUCCUUUAUGAAAGACAUGUCGUCUCAUCCGAUAAGCAUCGAGGGUCUUAUCAGACUCGCAGACUCUUUCCGCACUCAAGUUCGAAUGGAAGAUGUCGCCCGGAGACGGAAGGCAGUCAUCAAUCGGAUGGAGAGCGAGAUGAGGUUCUGAGUGCACUCACCGUCUGAUUUACGCAUCUAUCUUUCUCAUAUCUUCGCUUUCUUGUUUUUCUACUUUUUAUUUAAUAUUUGGGUAAUUCAUGUCGAGUACAGAGCUGGUAAGGAGUAAUUGUCUAUAAUAUGUUUUCUUUAUUUUGUCAAAUAAGUUAUUUUGGAGGUGGGGGGUUAUCUGAUAUCGCGGUGGUAGAUCAUUAGAAGGAUACUGGAUAUCAACGAAUGAAGGAGCAAAGAGUGGGUGGAUGUGAUUAUGUUUUAUGUAGCAAUCAGGCGUUUUGAUUUUUGUCUGGCAUU